CUGUGUCUUGGUUCUGCAGUAAACUGGCUGAGGCACAUUCCUGCAUCGCAAGGCUUUCUGUCGAGGAUGUCUUGUGGCUUUUGUUUGGAUUCCAGCCUGCAGAACGACAGCCGUUCAGAGGAGACUCAUUGCCGCUCCUGCUGAAGCUCCUAAUCCUCCUCCCUUCUCUUCUGCCCCUGCCCCUGCCCCCCCCCCACUGGCCUGAAGACAUGGUACCCAGACUCUGCCCUCCUCCCCCGGUACUAUUAUGCCUCUGGUAAACCGGGCACCCGGGCUGCCGCGGCUGGGGCUAGCCAGACCACCGCUGCCGGCUCGCCCUGUCCCGGGAAGGAUUUAAAGGGGAAUUGUCCUGCAGGCAAUGCACCAGCGCAGCCGCGGCGGCGGGAGCCCGGGGACUCGGGCUCCUCGGGCCUCGCUGCACACACGGAGCUGACCGCAAUGACAGCAGCUGCGCCUCUGCACGGUCGGCAGCAGCCGGGCGGCAGCAUGAAGUGAGGAGACCGCCCCCCCGCGCUCACCAUGAACUCCACCUGGGAGGGGAAUCAGAGCAGCCGCCCCUUCUGCCUCCUGACCUUUGGCUACUUGGAGACGGUCAAUUUUUGCCUCUUGGAAGUGCUCAUCAUCGUCUUCCUCACGGCGCUGAUCAUCACCGGCAACGUCAUCGUGAUCUUUGUCUUCCACUGCGCGCCCCUGUUGAACCACCACACCACCAGCUACUUCAUCCAGACCAUGGCCUACGCCGACCUCCUGGUGGGGGUAAGCUGUCUGGUCCCUUCGCUGUCACUCCUCCACUACCCCCUCCCGGUCGAGGAGUCUCUGACCUGCCAGGCGUUCGGCUUCGCCGUCUCGGUUCUGAAGAGCGUGUCCAUGGCGUCGCUGGCCUGUAUCAGCAUCGACAGGUACAUUGCCAUCACCAAGCCGCUCACCUACAACGCCCUGGUGACGCCCUGGCGGCUCCGCCUGUGCAUCUUCCUGAUCUGGCUGUACUCCACCCUGGUCUUCCUGCCCUCUUUCUUCCACUGGGGCAAGCCUGGCUACCACGGCGACGUGUUCCAGUGGUGCGCGGAGUCCUGGCCCACCGACCCCUACUUCACCCUGUUCAUCGUGAUGAUGCUGUACGCCCCCGCCGCCCUCACGGUGUGCUUCACCUACUUCAACAUCUUCCGCAUCUGCCAGCAGCACACGAAGGAGAUCAGCGAGAGGAAGGCCCGCUUCACCAUCCAGAGCGGGGAGGCGGGGGAGGCGCAGGCCAGCUCUGACAAGCGCUACGCCAUGGUCCUGUUCCGCAUCACCAGUGUCUUUUACAUCCUCUGGCUGCCCUACAUCAUCUACUUCCUGCUGGAGAGCUCCACGGGCCUCAGCAGCCGCUUCGCCUCCUUCUUCACCACCUGGCUGGCUAUCAGUAACAGUUUCUGCAACUGUGUCAUCUACAGCCUCUCCAACAGCGUUUUCCGCAGGGGCUUGAAACGCCUCUCCGGGGCCAUGUGCACGUCCUGUACAAAUCAGACGGUAGCCAGGGACCCUUACACUGUCAGGAGCAAAGGGCCCCUUAACGGAGGCCAGGUCUGAUGUGGUUUAGACUCUGCGUGCGUGUGUGUGUGUGUGUGUGUGUGUGUGUGUGUGUGUGUUUCGCUUUGGUCUUUUUUUUUUUUUUUUAGUCUCUUUGUAUUCCUAAUUCACUGAGCAGUCUGGGACAAAAUUAUUUCAGUCUAAGCAAUAGCAAAACAAAUACCAGCCAUCUGAUACCUUUUCAGCUCUCAGAAAUAAUUUUCUUACAAGUGCUUCUCAGUCAGAAGAAUCGGGAGCAUAAGGAGAAAAUAGCUCUUGGUUCCAGUUUUCGUAAUGUCAUUGAAAUGACUGCAGUUCUCAGAUUUAGAAUGAAUAAAGCCACAUCCUGACACCUCUCUCCAGAGAGGCGUGAUUGAACCAGCCGUGUGAAAAUUGUCAGCGUUCUCAAAAGCCCCCAUUUCCUUCUCUUGCUUUUCUGGGUUUUCACCCGUCAUAUGGGCUUCCUGCGCAGUUGAUUUGUCUUAACAGCACUCUGAUGAAUUUAUUAGCAGGUUUUAAAAUUUUGUUUACUGCCAGAUUUGUUGUCUGCCAAAUCUGUUGUAUGUAGAGUUGAUUUAAAAGGGAAUAUUCAGAUUUGGUGAUGGAUUUAGCAGGGUUUCCAAAUUUUGUUUAUUGCCAAAUUUGUUGUCUGCCAAAUUUGUUGCAUGUACAAUUGACUUAAAGGGGAAUUUCAGAUUUGGUGAUGGCAUUAAUAGGGUUUUUAAAUUUCGUUGAUUGCCAAAUUUGUUGUAUGCCAAAGUAUAACUAUACAGCAAGUUUCAACGCUGUCAUUUAGAUAAGCCAAAUGUGUCUGUCUUGAGAGCCUUCUCAAUCCAUGAAUAACAUCAGUACUUAGUUAGAGUAAGCUUAGAAAUUUACAGUGAACCAAAAGCAGAAAUUACAAAUUCAUGAAAACCUGAGCUACUUUUGCUGCCGGGCUUCAGUGGAAGUUGAAAGAAAUGUUUGUCUGCAAAGUGGUGUGAGUCCAGGAAGAGGUCUCAAGGGACAGAGUACGGUCUUAUUUCGUGUGCAGCCCCAGGUGUGAUACCCUGUCUGCUUACUCUACCCUCCAGCUCUGAGAGGGUGCCCCACAAUAAUAGUGACAAAGUAAAAAGUGAUUGUGUCACAGGGUUUUUGCCCUUGCUAUUGUGUAUGUGUGUUUCAGGUAGAUUUAGCCUGUACCUCAAAAUGUGUUUUAAUAAGCAAAAAAAAAAAAAAACCUAAAAUGAUGGGGCAUUAUUUUUAUAAUGGUAAAAAUACAUAAAAAUACAUCAUUAGUCUAUUAGUCUACUUUAAAAUAUUGGACAGUCAGUGAGAAAGGUGUCCUAAUUAAGUCAGAAAAAAAUACCAUAGUAGUAAACCUUGUAUUUCAAGUAGGAGAAAAUUAAUUGUGAUAGUGUCUUUGUGGUUGAAGGGUAUUAGCUGACAAAGUAGCAACUCAUUCUUUCAAAAAAGUAUUCUUUUAGUUACUGUUAGGACAUGUUGGAAAGAGGGAAAAUUCUGUUUACCUCUUUCAUUCUCUUUCUGGAUAAAGUUCUGUGAGAUGCCAUUCUUACUUAGUCUUCUAAGUCAAAGUGCUGAUUUAAUCUAUAGGAUUUUGUAUUUGUUAACCUAUAUCGAAUCAUUGGGAGUGCUAUCGUUGUAUAGGGUAGUGACCUUUAUUCUUUAAGGUGCUUAUCUUUAGGUGAAGAGGUUUUAUUUUUCUAAAAGCAGAGAAGGAUCUUCCCGUAGCUCUAGAAAUGAGGGUAUUUCCUCUCCUUUUCUACUGGUGAUGAUGUUUUGAAAGGCUUCAGGGGACUUAUUUAUUACCUGCUUUUAGCUGUUUAUUGUAAUCUGAAUGUGGCAAAAAUGUUCAGUGAGUGGGAGAUAGAAAAAAUUUGAGACAGUGGGUUCAAGUGGAUUUUUUAUAAUCCAAAAGAAAGAUCACAGGUGAUCAUAAAACAAGUUGUAAUGCUUCGGUUCUUCAUCAUGUGAUUUGAAAAGCUCCUAUUCCAUUUUAUGACAGGUCAGCACUCUUAUAAUUUCAGAUUUUUAGAUACCAAUUUGAUUUAACAUCAAAUGUGGUUUUUUUUAACGUGUUAUAUAAACAUUUAAACCUCAGACUAAGUUCUUUGCCAUUAACUGGUUUAUUCUUUCUAUUCAUUUUUUUUUAUUCUUUCUAUUCAGUAUUAAAGCACUUUAUUCUGAAUUACUUAAUUCAGAAUUCAUUGAAAUGUAAACAAUAUUAGCAAUGACUUUGUUAAAUUGUCAUGUCCAGUGGACAACCUUUUCUGUUGGACUUGGUUAAAAGAAUUAUAUUUCCCCAUUAAUUUAGUCACACAUCUGGAAAAAAAAAAUCACUGUCAUCCCGUUGCUCAUCGAUUUGCUCGAGCAGGCACCAGUAACGUCUCCAUUGUGAGACCUGUCUACUGUUUUUGGCAUAUCGAAUUUCUUUUUCAUGUAAAUGUCGGUAAAGGUAACUCUUUCAAAUUUGUAGUUCGCUUGUGAAUUUUCACUUAAUUAGUUGUCAGAAUUUUGAACCUUUAGGUUUUAUUUUAGUGGCGGAGAAAAUGAGCACUCUUAAUGUUUUCUCCGGAAGUAAUGGAAAAGGAAAAAAAUGUGUAGUUUUGUAGGAAUGGUUGAUCAAGCAUAAUCACUGAUGUGUAACAACUGGGGUUUUGUUUUUAGUUUGUUCUGUGUGUGUGUGUGUGUGUGUGUGUGUGUGUGUUGUGGGUUUUGUUUUGUCUUGGUUUUUGGGUGACGCCUGGCAGCUCUCAGCGCCUACUCCUGGCCCUGCACUCUGGGGAUCACCCCUGGCAGGGGCAGAGGGACCAUAUGUGAUACUGGAAAUUGAACCCAGGUCAGCUGCAUCCCAGGCAAGCACCCUACCCACUGUACUUACCCUCUGACCCACGGCAAAAACUCUUACUAGGAGCAUUUGUUAAAUAGGCUUUGAUGUUUUUAUCCUGAUACCAAACUUAGGUAUUAUUCAAGGUAUUUUUGUUUGAAGGGUCACAACUGAUAGUGCUCAGGGCUUACUCCUGGUUCUGUGCUCAGGGAUCACUCCUGGCAGUACUCAGGGGAUAAUAUGUGGUACCGGGAAUCAAAUCAGGGUUGGCCGCAUGCAAGGCAAGCACCUUACCCCCUGUACUAUCUCUGUGACCCAAUUAGAGGUUGUUGGUUGGUUGUUUGGUUUUUUUUUUUUCACUAGAAUUUCUAUGUCUCAAUCUAAAACUGUUGUAAGUAUACAGAUAGAUAUCUAUCUCGAUAUCUAUCUUGAUAUAUAUAUAGAUAUAGAUAGACAGAUAUUGUUUCCUCCAGGCAUCAGUUCUUUUCUCAUACUAGCUGUCUAUAAUGCUUCUUGUAUUUCCAUGUGUACGUGCGUUUUGGAUGCAGUCAUACAGUCUUCAGUAACUGGGGGUGGUUUCUAUAUAUUCGGAAAGUUUGUAUUUAAGUAACCUUUUCAUCCUGGCAUGUUCAAUGCAAUGUUUGAUGACGUUUGGAUUAAAUACCAAUGUGACUAGUUCAGAAUGAGAAAAAAGUAUAUUUUUAGAUGCAAUUACCUUGGCCUUUGGCAAGACAGCACAUUUCACUUUAUAUGGUGUGUAUGACUGAUAUCAGAAAAUACAUAAGCUUUUUAAGAUUGUAUUGAAAUUAUUUAAUAGUAGAUGUAAAAAUAAGACUACUAAUUAUUGUAUUUAUAAAUUGUGUGUUCUGUGCAGUGAUUUCAGUAGUGGGUUUUUUGUUGGUUUUUUUUUUUUGUCUUGGUUUGGGGCUACCUCUGGCAGUGGUCAGGGGUCCAAGCCCUGCCACUAACCAGACCCAGACCCCCCCCCACCCCCCACAUGCGUGAGCGCUCUGCAGCUCUUUCUUUGAGCAGUAUCUCUCUAGCCUAAGGAAGUCAUAUGGAAGGACAACUUCAACGUUUUCAGUCCACCAGAAUGGUGGUGUUGGGGUGUCACUUAGGGCCUCACACAUGUAACACAAGCUCUACCUCUGAGCUCUCUCCCUAGUCAGAAUAGAUGAUGAAUUUUUCACAAAUCUAUUGAUUCUUAUCAAAAAUUCCAUUUCUCUCUUUUUUUUUUCUAUGAGGGUGGGGGUGGGGGGUACUCUGGUGCCAGGGAUUGAACCUGGGGCAACAUGCGUAAGAGGUACAGGGUGCUACCACCACGCCUCAACUCUGGCCCCUAAAUUCUAUUUGUGACUGGUUUUUCUUUAAGCAUUACUGCUGGUUAGGUUCCAUGGUGAUCCUUUUAUAGAGGCUUUUCCUUUUUUUACUUGAUCUUCGUGUUUGAAGGUUUGGGAAAACUUGAAUUUUGUAACAAUAAAUGCAUUGUCCACCUCUUUGAACUUGAACAUGAAGCAAGAAGAGCAUUACAGGCUCCCGGACUGCAGGGUUUCUGAGAGUUCGGCUUUAAAAGACGUAAUUGCAUCGUGGCUUUCUGGGAAAUGUUUUAAUUUCACAGACUGUAUGGUUUUUGUUUUUGUUUUUUUUAUCCUAAAACAUUUGUGAAAUAAAUUGUUGGCAAACCAGAA